GUUUAUCACCACGUGUUUGAACAGAGAAGCUGUAGUUUAGAAGCCUGUCCUUGCAGUGAACGAAUUUCAGCUUAGCUUCACGUCUCAUGGGAUCAAAGAAUAGAAAGAGCAAGGGUGUUACCAAGUUGGGUAAGCCGGACGGCGGUGCCGGUACCACCGCAUUCGGCCGCGGAAGUCGUCAAAAUGUAAGCAACACCAUCACAGAUGCUCGGUUCGCAUCCAUUCACACGGAUCCUAGGUUCCGGAAAGCUCCAAAGCGCAAAUCCAAGGUGGUGCUCGAUUCCCGCUUCAGCCAUAUUUUCACAGAUAAGAACUUCGCGUCAACGAAGGCAAAGAUUGAUAAGAGAGGCAAACCCAAGAAAGACUCUUCGCAAAAUCUCAUGAAACACUACUACCAUCUCGAGGAAGAAGGAAAAGAAGCGAUUGGACGAGGUGAGGAGUUGACGAGCAAAAAUGUUGAUGUCAAAGAAGAGGACGAGGAAGAAAGUUGCAGUGAAGCAGGACAAAGCAGCAGCGGUGAUGAUAGUGGGAGCGGGGAGUUGGAGAAGGGAAAUUUGAUAAGUAAGUUGGGUGCUACAGAGUCCGAAAACGAAGAUGAAGAGUGUCCUAGUGAUGAUUCCUCUUCAACAAGUUCUACGGAUUCUGAUGAAGAGAAUGAGAUUAAUCUAGACGAAGAAGAUACCUUUGUGCAGGAAGAAACCAUACAAACAAUUGAGAAGGAAACUCAUAGACUAGCAGUUGUUGGUAUGGAUUGGGGUCGAGUAAAGGCAGUAGACAUAUAUGUGCUGCUGAGUUCAUUUCUCCCAAAAGGAGACCUCAUUAAGUCUGUCGCUGUCUAUCCAACUGAGUUUGGACUAAAGCGCAUGGAAGAAGAGGCACUGCAUGGUCCAGUUGGUCUGUUUGAUGAAGAUGAAAAUAGCAAGAGGAGUGAUGAUGAGGACGAUGAUGAAAUUGAAAAUGAGAAGUUGCGUAAAUAUGAAUUAAGCCGGCUCAGGUAUUAUUGUGCUGUAGUGGACUGUGAUUCAAUUGCUACAGCUGAUUACCUUUACCAAAACUGUGAUGGGGUUGAAUUUGAAAGGACAUCGAAUAAAUUGGAUUUGAGGUUUAUUCCUGAUUCUAUGGAAUUUAAACAUGAGCCACGUGAUGUUGCGAUAGAGGUAACCGCAGAAGAGAAGUGUUUACAGUGCAUGCAUAACCACAUAAGAGAAAUGCACCAGCUAACUAUGAAGGUUUAGAUUUUCAUACUCGAGCACUUCAACACAGUAAUAUUGAACUUACAUGGGAUGAGGAUGAGCCACAGCGUACGAGGACCUUGAAGUGGAAGUUCAACGCUGAUCAGCUUGCAGAACUGGAGCUGAAGGAAUAUUUGGCACCUGAUGAUAGUGAUGAAACUGAUGAUGAUGAUGAGGGCAAUGAAGAAGACUCUGGAAAUAGAACCACAAAAAAACAUAAAAAACAGGAAAUGUAUCGUUCAUUACUUCAUUCUGGAGACUGUUCUGAUAACAGUGACAAGGAUGAUGACGAUGACGAUCAAGAGGACAUGGAAGUCACUUUCAACACAGGAUUGGAAGAUUUAAGCAAACGUAUUCUUGAAAAGAAGGACAAACAAUCUGAAUCUGUUUGGGAAGCCUAUCUUAGAAAGCGAAAAGAAAAAAAGAAAGCCAGGAAAAACAGAUCAAAGGAUUCAUCAGAUGAUGAAAGCAGUUACAGUGAUUAUGAUGAACAAAAAAAUCAUUUAGAAGAACCCGAUGACUUUUUUGUUGAGGAACCGGUGGCUAUUGGAAAUAAGGACAGGAAAGGUAAACGUGCCGGGAAAGUGAAACCGGAUCAAGGAACCGCCCAAGAAGAUAUAGCAGGUAGAGCAGAGCUUGAGUUGUUGUUGACGGAUGAAAAUGGAGGAGGUACCAAGUUGAAGGGCUAUAAUAUGAAGAAACGCAAGAACAAGGAUAGAAAAGGAAUAGAAAUUAUUGAUGAGGAUAAGAUACCAAAUAUGGACUAUGAGGAUCCUCGGUUUUCCAGUUUGUUCACUUCACCACUAUUUGCUUUGGAUCCCACUGAUCCGCAGUUCAAGAGGAGUGCAAUCUAUGUAAGGCAGAUGUCUGAGAAGCAACACAAGACCGCCCCAGAAAACGUCAAGGGAAAGGAGGAAGGCAGAGCAGAAGAGUUUCCUUCGAGAAAAGAGAAGCAUGAACUCUCCUCUCUAGUCAAAUCAAUUAAAAUGAAGUCAAAGCAAAUCCAACCGCCCUCUCUAAAUAAGGCGACAAAGAAAGGUGAAAAGCUGAUAUUGAAGACAAAAAAGUAGAAAGACACACUUCCUCUCUGUGAUGAACUUGUUAUGGAUGGAUAUAGAGAUAUUACUUAUUCUUUUUAUUUGUUACAUUAUCUUUUUUGCAGCUUAUUAAUUAAUUGUUGUAGUGUAUGAUUUCCUCCAAUAUCUUGCAACUUGUUAUGGAUGGGUUCAUGGAAUCAUGGGUAUAUAGCUAUUACUUAUUUUUAUUUGUUACAUUUUCUUUUUUUUGCAGCUUAUUUAUGCAUUAAUGAGUUGUUUAGUAUGAC